UGAAAGUGGUGAUAGUGUGACCUUGUACUGAUCGAUUGUGAGUUCGGAGCGAUCGAUAGCUCCAUCGUUUCCUCAGAGCGAAUGUAACGAAUAAGCUAGCUAUCCGCCUCAGCAUCUCAUAUGCAAUUUCUGCCUAACUUGAACUUGCUGAUUGGUAAGACCAUGACUAGGGUUCCUUCUCGGAGAAGGAACUGGUCUGCGACUACGCGUACCACACCUGAUGACGUGCCAAGGAUCCUUUAGUGCCAUAGCCAGUAAACAAUCGGAUGCAAUUGACUACUUAGCAAAUUCUGCGAAUUAUCCCUGUUAUUACGCAACUGAGAAUAGCAAUGAAGAGAAGAAAUUUAUAGCAGACUUGAAGAACUCGCCGUGGGUGAAGCAUUAUCGAUCAGUGUGUGUCGAGAUGAGCCGUGGGUCGCAAAGAUUUAGCAAAUCAAACGAUAGUGUAAUGCCAAACAUGACCUCACACUGUGUGGUCCGCCCACCGCACGUUUACUCGGUAGGACAAAGAGUGGUAUCUUUUAUUCGAGGUGCGUUCCGUCGAAACUCAAACGUUUCGACUUCUGGGAUCACUCGAGCCUCAGCGCAAACCGACCUUCCAAAGCACCCAUGUACGCACUUAAAGAAACCACGUCAGUACCGUGGAUCACAGCCUGUUACAGGAUGGAAAAAUCGGAAAGUGACUAUUGGUAAUGAUGCGGUCUCUGAACUCAUGACAACAAAGAAGAGCGAUCAGUGUAUGUUGUUUUCCACCAGGAACUCAGUUAGACAUACAUCGGAGCGAGGGAAUAUGACAAGAUCAGCUGGAGCAUCGACAUCAAGUUCACGAGACCAAAGCAACUCACAGAAUUCCACGCCAAAUCCACGUCCUUCUGCGUUGGUUAUUUCAUCUUCCAAUCGAUCGAGAGAAGGAGUGGCCAAGCGAACCAGAUUUUCCUUACACCCAUCCACAUGUAACGCACCUCCCGAUUUAAUUAGACCUCGCCGUGAUAGUGAGGAUACCGCAAACUCUGUAUCCUCACUAGUUGACAUGUCCCACAGGUCGGAAAUAAUAUCAACUGAUCUGACUUCCGUUUGCGGCGACAGCGCUUCAUUCCAAAAACCAAGAACGUGUGAAAAUAGUAUAUCCAGAAAGGCGCGCACGUUACUAUCGGACUCAACUGCUAGGGACAAAGAAUUACAAAAAGGCAAGCCAUCUGAGCCUCCUAAAGCAUUUCCCACUUCAGUUUAUGAAGAAAAGAGGCACCAAGUCAUGCCAGUAUCCACAUGUGACGGAGUAAAGACGAGCUUAACUAAAGUUCAAGGAACAAAACGGGGACAAUGUAAAAAGCAACACACGAUAACUAGCGUCACUCCCAUGAUGAAGAUUGGAUCUACCAAGCGCCCUUUCGGUGUUUCCACUGGCCUAAGACGUGCUUCCAGUACUACCGGAACACUUGAUGAACGUAGAAAAGUGAUACAUCUAUCUACAGGUUACCAGUCUAGUUCAUCAACUCCCGUGUUAAAUGUCACUCCUGACACGCCGGUAGUUUCGCCCGAAAGCCCAUUGGAAUCGUGCGGCACUCAUCCCACAGAUAACGAAUCCUCUAUGGUGCGUACCGUUGAGUGUGGAACGACCGACCAUUUUAGACUAACAAGGUCAGGCCUGCGUAGUUUUGAACUGUGUUCGUUGUCACGUUCUACUCAAUCUCCUGGUUUAACUAAAGCGCCUUCUAAUUGUCUACAGGUGCAACGCCACGGACCGUAUCGGUUCCGUCGCUAUCGCAAAUUAAUUUCAGAGUUGGAUCAAAUGCAUCGGAACUAUGCCGCUCCAUACGAAAUUGCUCGAGAAUUAGUAGACAACAUGUGUCAGUUUCGUUUAAAUGAAAUCGCACAGUCUUUACUUCUAUCAAAGCCAAGACCUGCCUACUAUGAUAAGAUGACCAUGAUUACUGACUCUAACGGGGAUGCGAACACACGGACGAAAGAUGAGACCAAUCUAGCUUUUCAACCAUCAGCACAGCAGAUUUGCAAUCAGGACAAUAGCGAUGAAUUCGAGUCACUACGUAGCAAAGAAUCCUGCACACAUACAACAUCUGCAGCAUUGUCAACUCAAGAACCUGUGGGUAUACUCUGCCUACCUGUUCGACGAGCUCGCAAUAAGCUCAAACUAGAAAAUGUAGCAACAAAAUCCAAAAUAAACAAAGAAAUCAAUCAGCAUGUGUUCGUAGACAGUUGCGCCAGAAGUGGUUAUACGAGAGAUGUGAAUGGUGAAUUUGAUAUAGCUUCCUCGCGCUCAUUAGAAGUUGGGUAUCAACCAGCAGAUAAGACCAAACCACCAAGGACUAGAGAAAUAUCGAUACAAUCUAGUACAGCAGAGCAGUGUAACCAACCGACUGAGAAGGGUGUGCAAUUCGAUGGAGAACCAGUUUUGUAUAUCAAGCAGGAAUUCAUGGGGUUGACACAACCGGAGGAAUGUCAGAAUAUCCGCAUUUGUCAUGGCACGCAAACCAGCUAUUCCAUUUCACUCGGAGGAGAUCAUGAUGGUUUCAGUGAACUGGAUGAUUCACAGGAUCUGGGUUGCCUUUCGGCCGGAGAGAGCUCUGUUGUUCGUACGGUGACGCAGUCUCCGCAGCCCAUCGAUGUGCAGCCUCCUCGUACACCUUUGUCGUCCACAAUUGCAAAACCACUCGUCAUCCGGAAUCCGAUGAGUCCAGUUGAAAUUAAUAUGACGAGCUCUAACACUCCUCCUUCCUGCAACGAAUCCAAAGGGUGUCCAGUGGAAACCCAGUCUACCGUAAGUUUUGCAGCUGCGUGUCAAGAAGGCGUAAAUACGGUGGCCAGUUCAAUCCAGGAAAGGACGCGCAGCGGGAAUUCUGAAAGUGUUAGCAUUCAACCGAACAUGGUUGACUGUAUAUGCCCCUUAGCUCAGUCCACCGGACAAGGGACCCAUUACAGUGGCCCCAACAAAUCCACUGUAAGCGUAUCCUGUCUUCCACGAGACGAUCCAAUUACGCUCAUGAAUGUGGCUAAACUGGUAGUGUUACCAAGUCCUUUACAAUUGGAUGAUGACCCCGGGUUAACUACCACACCGCUGCUCUACAGAUGCCACGUCGCAAGCUCCGCAACACAGACGGAGUUGAAUGAGCAGUAUGAAAUCCAGCCGUCCGUUUCGCUCCCAGAACAACAAUCAAUUUCUUCGGACGUCAUCUAUGCGAUCCAGUCUGCUCAAAGCAGUGACGAAAGAUCAGAGUUAGUUCCGGAAAAACCGGUCACUGCAUUAGAUACCCGUGGAAUGCCUUGCAAACGGGAUAAAGUGACGAUUACAGCCUAUGCUCAAACUGGAAGCGAGUCAAUGUUCUCUGUUCUAGGUGGUAGUGGCCGCGGUGUUAUUGACAGCGUCAGCACUGUAGGCGUUGACCAAGAUGCUAACGCUAAGCUCCAUGCCAAGACAACCAUUAAUCAGGAAAAUGUGUCCCCUCGAGCUGAAUUUGCAUCUACGUGUGUCUUGCAGGCCAAGCAACAACACGUUUUUGAUGCCGGUAUGGGUCACUGGAAAAUAAGCAAUUAUAGUUUGCCUACCAGGUUGUCGGAGAGCAAGGAGAGGAAGGAUGAACCCAAUGAAAUAUCGGAAAGUUCAACGGUUUGGUCACAUCCACAUCUAGCAGAGGAUAGAAAGCUGUCGCCGGAACGUGAAUGCAAGUCAGAAAACGGAUACUACGUACCUGUGAUGCGAAGACCAGGAAGUAUCCUGAGUGACUUGAGUCGCACACCUCUCUCAAGGGCACUUCAACGUAAUGACAUACAUAGCGGAGACAGUAGACUGAGUGUUUGUGUUCCUAAGGCGAGGAGGAAUGUGGCCUUUUUAACGCAUCAUGGUCGCGCACAUAGCAUACGACGACAGAAAUGGACCAACGGAGACUUGGAGACGAAUGAUGCUGAUACCAGCUCCUCGAUUAGCCCCCCUCCCAAACCCGGGUUUCGAAUGGGCAACAGAUAUUUUUAUGAACAGAAAGACCCGAUAAUCUCGCAGAACACGGUGAGCAACAGAGGAAGAGCUCGUCAUCCAAACUACGUACAUAGAAGAAAAAUCGACUCUAGGAAUGCAACUCCGCAGCACCGAUCCGUAGGAGAUUAUCGUACCUGUCUCAAUUCGGGGUUACACGGACUGAGACGUCCCAACUCGACACCCCAAGUUGUAAGGCUAUCGAGCUUAAACUCAGAGGGUACGAAAAUCUUGGAUGCACAUAGUGUAAGGACCUCGGCUUCCACUGCUAGCUCACCAAUUACUGGAAAAGUCAGCCAGUUAGGUCGCAGACAGCCAGUGAGUCCUGAACCCACCAGGUUUCGGCACGCAAACUGCUCCACACCAAGAAACAUGCUGCCGCGUAGCACAAAGAAAAUUAGCCGUUCUAUCUCCAGUUUGGUGGAUUCACACCGAUGUCGUCGUCUUGGAUCCUCUCAUUCAACCGGGUGCGGUUCUGCUGUCUACAAUCAGGAACAAAGCAACGAUCCACACACACCCAGGCCGGGUAAUACAAGCGGUCUACUGCGUCCAGCUUCAGGUGAGCCAAAGCUGGCACAACGAACACUCAGUACAUACAACCGGCGGAUGUCGCCUCGAAGAUUACGAUCGCUCAAAAGUCCCCAUACGCAUAACAGCACUCGCUGCAACGAGGACAGUCUGUUGCGUCACACAUUUGCCUCCCUGCAAAAAGUUCGCACAAAAACACUGUGUUCCACACAUGCAGCAUGUCGCCCUCCGAUGGUGUUCAAACGGUAGUGUCUACAUUCUACCUUCAUUCGACACGCAUUUUCACUCACCCCGUCCGUGAAAAUAGAUGCUCUCUCUCUCAUUCUACGAAUUUUUGUACGAUGCUAACUUCAUCAUCAUUGACCUUACGCUUUCCAACAAUUUGGGGUUGUUCAUGCAUGAAAUAGAGAUUAAAAGAUGUCCCAUCACUUACAUUUGGGAAAAAUGGAUGAAAGAUCACCACCCCGGGAACAAAGUGACUGCAAACAAAAUACUCUGAGUUGUUAUGCGGCGUUUAUUUAAUGGAAGAGCAGUUUAUUGUCCAACAUAUUUCGGUUGACCAGAAAUUAUCAGAGAUGUUCGAUGGCUGUAGGAUUCAUAUUGUAGGAAGAAGUAGAAACGAAGCAGACUCGAGUUAAAACCGAAGGACAAACCACAGAAGACCGGUGAGAUACAGUCGGAGUGUACUACCUUGCUCGUAGGACUAGAAUAGGAUGGAAUAGGCGAUUAGACAUGGUACUAUAUUUGGUCAGCAAAUUACCGGCCUGCAAUUUCACAGCAGUGUGCGUAGUUUUCUGAAACUCAUUCUCUGGUUUUGAUAACGGAGCCAUAGAGUUGUUAAAGGAUGCUAGUAGAUUGGUAAGUAGUGCAGCAGCUUUGUCUUAUUGAUCUGUUGAAUUCAACUCAGUAGAAGACAAGGCAUAUAACAAUAAUCCUCAUAUGAGUACUGGU